AUGUGUCCCCUGGCCCCUUGCGUGCCCCAGCCGUCACCCCUCUGGCAGAUUCAAAUGGAGGAAAAAGAAGAUAAAAAUGAUGAUCCGCGGGUUGAAUUUAUUUAUCAAUAUUUAGCGAGAUCCAGCAAAAUAAAACCUGAUAAAUGGGCCAAGAUGCUGGCAACUGAAGAUUUAAAGAAUAUUAUUAUGAAUUUCUUUGGCACUCCUGAGGAGUACAUACUGACGAUAAAUGUAUCGUCGAGCGGUGGAAUUGUUCCAGCUUUGGGAAUUCAAUCUAAUGUCAAAAAUAAAUUGUCUUACUUCGUGAAGCGACAUCCGGUUAUUAUUACGGAGACCAAUUAUAGGGAACUUCUUAUUCCUGGAGACAUGUCACCCAAACCUAUAGAUGAAUUGUCGAUCCUGGUUCAAGAAGUAUAUGUUCCAAUAUUGACAAAUCCAGAAAAUAGCAAUAAUUGGCCAGAAAUAGUAAUCGAAGAUGUCAAGAAACACGUUUAUGACUUCCAGAGUUCAAUCUGUCAGUUGAAAGGCAAAAUGACAGGACAUACUUUGCUAUCGAUGCCAAUGGGAAAUGAGGAAUUAUUUAAAAUGGAAAGACUAACCAACAACGAAGAAAUUGAUUUGAUGUUAAAAAGUAAUAUCGAAGAAAUCGUUAUCAGAUGGCUGAAGCAAGUUAAUGAUGUUUUGGAGGAAGCUCACGAACGUCUAUCUAACAAUGACAAUCAAUUAUUUCCUAGCGCAGAAGUUACAUUCUGGCAAGAAAGAUUAAGAAAUUUGGAAUCAAUUUAUGAUCAAAUGUGUGAUCCGCGGGUUAAAAAAAUAGCUUUUUUACUUGAACUUACUAAAAGUUCAUAUCUAACAUCUUUUGAAACGCUAUUCAAAAAUAUUAUCGCAGCAAUCGUCAAAGCGCGAGAUAUUUAUUUACACUUAAAACCACUGCAAUCGCAGUUUAUAGAAAUAGAAUCAACUGAUAUUGAAAAUUUGAAAUUGAAAUUGAAACAACUGCUUCAUUUAAUUUGUCUGGCGUGGGCGAAUUCUAAGCAUUAUUGCACGACUACCAAUAUUAUCUAUUUGCUCAAUGCGGUUGUGAAUCUUUUUAUAACUCAGGCGAUAAAAUACCUUGAUCCAGGAAAUUUAUUUCAAACUGACAUUAAUGAUAAUCUCGCUAAAUUGACACUUGUUCUCGAUACUAUUGUAAAUUUUCGGGAUUUAUUCGACCAAUUUGGAGCGAAUAUUCAUCACUACUUUAAAAAUUCACCAGUUGUUCCUUGGACUUUUCACGAAAAGCUCGUUUUGGAGCGAUUAAUUAGAUUUGAGAAACGGCUGAGACAGAUUCAGCGGAUAUUCGAGAUUGCCAACGAGUAUUCUAAAUUAGAACGGAUCGAAGUCGGUGGAUUCAAGGGAAAAAUAUUGGUUGACAAAAUAAACCAAGUUUAUGAUGAAUUUAUUAAGAGUUACAACGAACUGGGCUCCGUGGAAUAUGACAUACUGUUUCCUGAAGACGAUAAAUUUUUAAAUGAAAUCACGAGUUUUUUAACUAAGGUGGAAGAAUAUGACCAGAAAUUGGGUUCUAUUUUUGAUAAAGCUUUCGCGGAGUGUCAUGAUAUCGAGAAAAUAAUAAAAUUAAUUUACAUAAUUGAUCCAAUAUCUCAGCGACCGAUUAUACGAUUUCAAUUGUGGCAUAAUUAUGAAAAAUUGCUGGCGCUUAUCCACAAUUAUCUUGAUGAAAUUAAGAUUGUUUUCGAUAACAACUUCGUAGAAACAGAAAAUAACGGUACAAAAGAUCAAUAUUUUCCGCCGGUGGCUGGCAAACUCUGCUGGCUAAUGAAAUUACAGCGGCAUAUUGAUUAUCCUAUAGACUCUAUUAAAUUAAUUAAUCAUCCGAUAUUUGUAACGCAAUCUGGACUGGAUAUUAUAAAUAAACACGACCAAAUUCAGAAACUGUUAGACGAAACGGAAAAAAAAAUAUUUGCCGAAUGGUGCAAAAAAGUGCCGGGUAUUUGCAGUGAAAAUCUGGCUAAACCUCUUUUUAUUGUCGCGAACGAUCGAUCUUUAAAGUCUAAUUUGAACCCCGAACUCGCUGCUAUUCUCAAAGAAACUAAAUACAUGAUUAUGUUAGCGAAGGACAAUUUGCCUAAAGAAGCCCUUGAUUUAUUUGCAAGGACAAAAUUUUUUAUGGAUACUACUUACAAUAUUAACCUGAUUGUUGAUUGGUACAACGAAAUUCGAUUCUCGUGCUCAGACGUAGAGUUUGAAUUAUUACAAGAGGAAAUACAAAUGAUUGAUGGCAUGAUUGAUGAGGGACAGAUUAAUUACAACUGGAACUCACCAGAAACGCCGGAUUUUAUUAACCAGCUGUUGGUUCCCGUAAGAAAUGUGUACCACAGAAAAAUGAAGGCCGUUAAUAAUGUCAAAGAUUUGAUGACGAGCAUCAAUGAUUGGGCAAUGACGCCAAUUUUGGAGCGCAAGGACAGAAAAGCUGAUAACUUGAUCGCGAUUGGAGACCGAAAAGAUAAAUUCAGCAAGCGCUACAGAACUAUUGAGCAAGCUGCUGCAGAAAUAAACCGCGUUCUGGAGGAAAAUUACAAACUCUACUUCAAUAUUCUGCCUGAAUCCGCUUAUAUCUCCAGUGACUUUGAGUCUGAUUCGGGUUCAUUAAAUAAUGACAAACGCUCAGGAGAAAGAAAUGGGUCAUCUAGUGAAUUACCCGGAAAUGCGGGCUUGGGCUUGCCAAAGGACCUUGUCGGAGGAGAAAAUGAAGAAAUUAAUGAUGCAGUAACAGAUGGUGAAAUGACGAUAACGGAAGACUCGACAAAGGAUAAUGGAACUGAAGAAGAAGAUCCUGAGCUAAAGGCAAUUAGACUAGUCAAGUGGAAGCCUUAUCUUAGUUAUAUUGAUCAAUUGGUAUCCAAAGCUUUGAUACAAGCUGUCUCUUCGAGCGUCUGUUAUAUAUUAGAUGAAACUGAUCCACAGGCUGAUGUACAUCCGCUUUUUGAGGUGAAUCUUUGUUUAGAAAUUCCGAAUAUCAGUUUUCAUCCUUUUGUCGAGAUAGAACAUCCCGAGGGAUUUUACGUGUUUUACGAGGGCUUGCUGUUUGAUAUUAUGAAAAUGGGAACAUUGAUAACUCGUUUGGAUCCUGAUAAAUUUGAACACCGAGAAAAUUAUGGGCUUGACUUAGUUGAAGAGGAACGAAUCGUAUUUAUGUUGGAAGAAACUUGUAACCGAGUUAAGGAAGCACUAACUCAAGCUCAAGAGUACGGUACGACAUUCAAGGAAUAUAGCUGGAUAUGGCUCGACGACAGGCAAGAGUAUCUCCAUUACUUUCUGCGUUUCGCUAAAAAUUUAAAUCACCAAGAAAGAGAACUUUUGAGCCAUAAAUCAGCGACUAAUUUGGCUAUCAAAGAGAAGAAACCCGAGCUAGCGGAUUUCAAGCGAGAAAUUGAUUAUUUUGUCGAGAUGUACAAUAAGUGCGACGGAAUUGAGAACGAAAAAAUUUUGUGUCGCUGGCUUAAGAUCAAUAAUAAAUCGUUCAAGCAGACUUUGCUUAAUACUAUUUGCAAGUGGGCUAAUACCUUGAAGACCUAUCUUGUAGAUAGUGUCGACAAUAGCUUGAAAGAGUUAUCAGAGUUUCUACAAGAAGCAACUGAGAGAUUUAACCAACCGAUUCUAGAAGAGGAUUAUGAAGGCUUAUUGAAGACAAUGUACUACUUGAAAGAAGUUAGAGACAAACAAUAUAAAAUUGAUGGAAUGUUUGAUCCUAUUAAAGAAACAAUAAAUUUAUUGGAACAAUACCAAGUGGAAUUUAGCGAGCAAACUCAUCAGUGGCUUGUCGAACUGCCCGAGUCAUGGGGCACUGUAAAAAAAUUAGCCGCUCAAGUUAAACAAUUAGUAGCGCCGCUUCUGGCUCACCAAGUUGAUCUCAUUAAAAAGAGAUUAAAUUAUUUCGACUUUAAACAACGCCAGUAUUAUUUAAAGUUUUUUGACCAUAAAUUAUUUAGGCCAGAUUGUGAGAAUGUUUACGAAAAUUUGGACAAAAUAAACUGGGAGGUUAAUGAACUGGAGUCGGAGUUAGAAACACUGAAAGCUUCAGCCGCAAUACACGAGCUGCAGGUUCAAGAUUACAAGGAAAUAAACCAGCUGAGACGGGAGCUGAGAUUAUUGAAAUGCCUCUGGGAUUAUGUUAUCGUGAUAACGAGUAGCUUAGACGAGUGGAACACUACGACCUGGAAGAGAAUAGACGUCGAGGCGAUGGAUCUCGAGUGUAAAAAAUUUAUCCGUGAACUGAGACUGCUGGAUAAGGAAUGCAAGAGCUGGAAAUUAUUUACGUACAUUGAAGCUCAGGUUAAAAAUAUGAUGUCAUCAUUGAGAGCUGUCUCGGAGCUACAGAAUCCCGCGAUUCGCGAUCGUCACUGGCAGGAAUUAAUGGCGGAAACUCGGGUUAAAUUUACUAUGAGCGACAAAACAACUCUGGAGGAUUUGCUAAAAUUGGAACUUCAUAAAUAUGAAGAGGAAGUUAAAAAUAUGGUUGAUAAAGCUGUCAAAGAAAUGGCUAUGGAAAAAAUGAUCAAAGAAUUGACUAAUACUUGGGUUAAUUUGGAAUUUGAUAAAGAAAUUCAUGAAAGAACUAAAUUAAAUACUUUGAAAAUUAGUGAGGAGACUAUUGAAAUUUUGGAAGACCAUCAGGUUCAAUUACAAAACAUGAUGAGCUCCAAAUCAAUUGGCUACUUUGUUGAUAUAGUAAAUGAUUGGCGAAAGAAAUUGAGCAACGCUGAUGCUAUUAUCAAUAUCUGGUUCGACGUUCAAAGAGCUUGGAUCCACCUCGAAAGUAUAUUUAUAGAUUCAGAGGAUAUACGAAAACAAUUACCGGAAGAUACCAAACGUUUUGAAGCAAUUGACCGAGAUUUUAAGGAAUUACUCAAAGAGAUGCUAGCGAAUCUUAAUAUAGUUAAGGCUACAAAUAAACCGAAGUUAUUAGAGCGACUCGAAGAAUUGCAAGUCCAAUUGAAUAUUUGUGAAAAGGCGUUGUUUAACUAUUUAGAGAUGAAGCGUUUGGCGUAUCCUCGGUUCUAUUUUAUAUCUUCUGCAGAUCUACUUGAUAUUCUUAGCAAUGGAAAUAAUCCAGAGCUUGUAUGCAAACAUCUAUCAAAGCUCUACGAUUCAAUAUCAAACCUAAAAUGGAAGCUCGACUCAGGAAAGCCAACGAAACUAGCUUUUUCCCUGAUAGCAAAGGACGGCGAAGAAAUGGAGAUCCACGGAGUGUGCGACUGUAGCGGAGUAGUCGAAGUCUGGCUGAACCGGUUGACCGAGAGCAUGCAGAAGACCGUCAGGCACCACUUCAACCAGGCAGUGAGAUCCUACGAUGACAAACCUAGAGAGCAGUGGAUUCUGGACUAUCCAGCUCAACCUGCGCUUUGCGGGACUCAGAUCUGGUGGACCGCGGAGGUGAACAUGGCGUUUGCCCGGCUGGAAGAAGGAUUUGAAAGCGCGCUGAAGGACUAUCAAAAAAAGCAAAUAAAUCAAUUGAAUACACUCAUAACAAUUCUGUGUGGUGAACUGACCGAUAAUGAACGCCAGAAAAUAAUGACUAUCUGCACAAUUGACGUACAUGCCAGAGAUGUUGUGGGGAAAUUAAUAACAACUAGAGCUGAAAACUCGUCCAAUUUUCAAUGGCAGUCCCAGUUACGACACAGGUGGGAUGAUGGGAUCGGUGAUUGUUUUGUUAAUAUCUGCGAUGCAAAUUUCGCAUAUGGGUACGAGUACCUAGGAAACGUUCCACGCUUGGUUAUAACUCCAUUGACAGACCGUUGUUAUAUAACACUGACACAAUCGCUGCAUUUAGUGAUGGGUGGUGCUCCUGCUGGUCCCGCGGGAACUGGCAAAACCGAAACAACCAAGGAUUUAGGUCGCGCGCUGGGUCAAAUGGUCUAUGUUUUUAAUUGCUCUGAACAACUGGAUUAUAAAUCGUGUGGAAAUAUUUAUAAAGGACUCGCGCAAACUGGAGCAUGGGGAUGCUUUGAUGAAUUUAAUCGGAUAUCUGUCGAGGUACUCUCUGUGGUCGCUGUUCAGGUUAAAUGUGUUUUGGAUGGCGUCAAGAGCAGGAGAAAAAAAUUUAUGUUUUUUGGAGAAGAGCUCAAUCUGAUAAAUACUGUUGGGAUGUUCAUCACCAUGAAUCCUGGGUACGCUGGACGGACUGAAUUACCGGAGAAUUUGAAAACGUUGUUCAGACCCUGUGCAAUGGUAGUUCCAGACUUCGAUUUAAUUUGCGAAAUAAUGUUAGUAGCUGAAGGGUUUCAAAAAGCUCGUCUAUUAGCCAGGAAGUUUAUAACUCUGUAUUCGCUUUGUCGAGAAUUACUGUCAAAGCAGGAUCACUACGAUUGGGGUCUUCGUGCAAUUAAAUCAGUUCUGGUUGUCGCGGGCAAGCUAAAACGUGACGAUCGUCAGCGUCCAGAAGAUCAAGUUUUAAUGAGAGCUCUACGUGACUUUAACACUCCAAAAAUAGUUACCGAUGAUAUACCGGUAUUCAUGGGUCUGAUCGGCGAUUUAUUUCCGGCGCUCAAUGUUCCGCGUAAACGCGAUAUCCAGUUUGAAAAAACUGUGCGUCAAGCUGCUCUUGAUCUUAAAAUGCAACCAGAGGACGGAUUUAUCCUGAAGAUAGUACAACUUGAAGAACUUCUUAAUGUUCGUCACUCAGUGUUUAUUGUUGGAAUGGCUGGUACAGGAAAAACUCAAGUUUGGAAAUCUCUCUAUCGCACUUAUGUUAACCAGAAACUUAAACCUUGUUACAAUGAUCUAAAUCCAAAAGCUGUGUCUAAUGACGAACUUUUUGGAAUUAUUAAUCCCGCAACAAGAGAAUGGAAAGACGGUUUGUUAUCAAUACUAAUGCGCGAUCAGGCAAAUAUGUCCGGUAAUGGACCAAAAUGGAUUAUAUUCGACGGUGAUAUUGAUCCGAUGUGGAUUGAAUCGCUUAAUACCGUGAUGGACGACAACAAAGUAUUAACGUUGGCGAGUAAUGAGCGUAUCGCAUUGACUAAAUCAAUGCGAUUAUUAUUUGAAAUAUCAAAUUUACGUACUGCUACUCCUGCUACUGUUUCAAGAGCUGGGAUUUUGUACAUAAAUCCGCAGGACUUGGGCUCUAACCCAUUUAUCAUAAGCUGGAUAGAAACACGGAACAAUUCAGAGCGCGCUAAUUUAAUGAUUCUAUUUGACAAAUAUUUACCAUCAUUACUGGAAGUGUCGAAAAUAAAAUUCAAAAAAAUAACACCGAUACCAGAAAUAUGUCACCUACAAAUGCUGUGUAAUUUAUUGGAUUGUUUAAUGAUAAAUGAAAAUUUACCACCGGAGUGUCCAAAAGAAUGGCACGAAUUGUACUUUGCGUUUGCCUGCAUCUGGUCCUUCGGUUCGACGCUUUUUAAAGACCAAUUGAUUGAUUGGCGGAAUGAAUUCAGCAAGUGGUGGCUGAGUGAGUUCAAAACAAUUAAAUUUCCGUCUGAAGGAACAGUCUUUGACUACUACAUCGACAACGAGACAAAAAAAUUCGUCCACUGGAAGAAUAUAGUCGGGAAAUUUCAACUGGACAUGGAUAUUCCUCUGCAAUCUUCCUUAGUUCCAACCGGCGAAACUGCACGUCUGCGUUUUUUCAUGGAUAUGUUAAUGAAGAAAAAAGCCCCAGUUAUGUUGGUAGGAAGUGCUGGCUCAGGAAAAAGUGUUAUUGUUACCGACAAACUGUCUUCUCUUUCGGAUAAUUAUAAUGUCGCUAAUAUUCCGUUUAAUUAUUAUACUUCUUCUGAAAUGCUUCAGCGCGUACUUGAAAAGUACCUCGAAAAAAAGGCUGGCCGUAAUUAUGGCCCGCCUGGUACCAAACAAUUGGUUUACUUCAUUGAUGAUAUGAAUAUGCCGGAAGUUGAUGCUUAUGGAACUGUGCAACCUCAUACUCUUAUAAGGCAACAUCUUGACUACAAUCAUUGGUACGAUAGAGUAAAAUUAACUCUAAAAGACAUUCACAAUACACAAUAUGUAUCUUGCAUGAAUCCAACAGCAGGAAGUUUUACAAUAGACCCACGGUUACAAAGGCACUUUGCAGUAUUCGCAGUCAGUUUUCCAAGUCAGCAAGCGUUGGUAACAAUUUACAGCCAAGUGUUGGAGCAGCACUUCUCAAACCCGGCGCAAAAAAUCGACCAUAAGCUACACUCAGUGAUAGAGCCGUUGAUAAACACAGCGCUGUAUCUCCACGAAAAAAUAACCAUCAGUUUCCUACCAACGGCCACAAAGUUUCAUUAUAUAUUCAAUUUACGGGACUUAUCAAAUUUAUUUCAGGGCUACUUAUUUGCCAAUGGUGACACAAUUUCAAACUCGACAGAAGCUAUUCGUUUAUACGUCCAUGAAGCGAGCCGUGUGUAUUGCGACAAGUUAGUUAAUUUUACGGACAAGAACGCCUUUGAAAUUAUCAUGCAUGAAGCGCUCAAGAAAAAUAUCAUCGACAUUGAUGAAUCGUUAGUAUUUGAAAAACCGCUCAUAUACUGUCAUUUCGCGGAAGGUAUGGGCGAUCCCAAGUACAUGCCGAUUAAGGAAUGGUCUCAGCUGUCAAAACUACUCGACGAAGCUUUAACUAAUUACAAUGAAUUGGUAUCAGCGAUGAAUUUAGUAAUGUUUGAAGAUGCAAUGUAUCAUGUUUGCCGUAUAAACCGUCUUCUAGAAUCCCCGCGAGGCAGUGUAUUGUUAGUAGGAGUCGGUGGUAGUGGGAAGCAAUCUCUGUCUCGUUUAGCAUCCUUUAUUUCCGGACUUGAGGUUUUUCAAGUUCAGCUGACAAAAAACUAUUCAAUAAGCGAUUUAAAAUUAGAUUUAGCGGAAUUGUAUCUAAAAGCGGGGCUAAAAAGUAUCGGAAUAACUUUUCUUAUGUCAGACUCGCAAGUUGCGCAAGAAAAUUUUUUAGUCGUCGUUAAUGACAUGCUGGCAUCUGGCGAGAUUGUCGAGCUUUUUCCGGACGAUGAAGUUGAUAGAAUAAUAAAUACCGUACGUAAUGAGGUGAAGCUCACCGGGCUGAUGGACACGAAAGAGAAUUGCUGGAAAUUCUUCAUCGAUCGCGUAAGAAAGCAACUCAAAUGCGUGUUAUGUUUCUCGCCAGUCGGAAUUACUUUGAGGAAGAGAGCCAGACAGUUUCCGGCACUGGUCAAUUGUACGUCUAUCAACUGGUUCCAAGAUUGGCCACUUAAUGCUUUGGAGUCUGUUUCUAUUCGAUUUAUUGCGCAAUUAACGGAACUACCAGAAGAAUUCAAGGAGCCAGUAUCAAAAUUCAUGUCUUUUGUCCACACGAGCGUCAACGAGGUGUCAAAAAUCUAUCUGGAAAAUGAGAAGAGACAUAAUUACACAACACCAAAGUCAUUUCUCGAGCAAAUAUCGCUCUAUUCAAAAUUAUUGAUCGACAAAAUAAAUAGUUUUAAAUCGCAAAUUACAAAACUCGAGAACGGAAUUAUAAAAUUGAAUUCCUGCGCUGGACAGGUAGACGAGCUGAAAGAGGUUCUGGCUGUUCAGGAAGUUGAGUUAAAUAAGAAGAACGAGAUAGCUGACAAAAUCUUGGCAGAGGUACGAGAAGAGAAUACUAAAGCGGAAGUGGAGAAAGCGAUAGUUUCUGAGGAGGAGGCCAAAGUAGCUGAGAUUAAGGAGCGAGUGUCACUGAGACAAAAAAGUUGCGAUGAGGAUUUGGCUAAAGCUGAACCGGCUGUAAGACAAGCAGAAGCUGCUUUAGAUACUUUGAACAAGAACAAUCUGACUGAGCUAAAGUCGUUGGUUACGCCACCAGAAGCCGUAGCAAUUGUUGCCCAAGCGGUUUUAGUACUCUUUUCCCCAAAGGGGAAAAUCCCAAAGGAUCGAAGCUGGAAGGCCUGCAAAGCAAUGAUGGGUGGAGCUGAUGCUUUCCUCCAUGCGCUCCGUACCUACGACAAGGAGAAUAUUCAACCGGAGGUUGUUAAAGCCGUACAAACUUAUAUAAAUGACAAAGAAUUUGAUCCCGACAUUAUUUACUCAAAGUCCCAAGCCGCUGCGGGCUUGUGCAGUUGGGUCAAAAAUAUUAUGGUCUUUCAUUACAUUAAUCUCAAUGUUAAGCCUCUGAGAGCUGCACUUGCUCAAGCUAAUGCUGAGUUAAAGGCUUCCUUGGAAAAAUUGGUCUAUUUACGUCAGCGUUUAACUGAGUUGCAAAAAGAGUUGGAUGAACUCGGCGCUAAAAUGAGCGUAGCGCUCACGGAAAAACAGAAAUGUCAAGAUGAAGCUGACACAACAGCGCUGACUAUUGAUUUAGCAAACAGAUUAGUUAAUGGACUCGCUUCUGAAAAAAUACGCUGGGCUAAAACUAUUGACAUCCUGAAAUCAUCAUGCGAAACAGUACCAGGUGACAUGUUACUAGCGACGGCAUUUAUAUCUUACGUAGGAUGCUUCACAAGACAGUACAGACACGAUUUAAUAAACGUGUACUGGUUGCCGUUCCUGGAGAAAUUGGAGCCUCGGAUACCGCGUAACAGCGAAUUGAACGUAAUAACGUUACUAGCAGACGAUGCCCAGGUUGCGCAAUGGAAUAAUGAUGGUUUGCCAUCGGAUAAAAUGUCUACCGAAAACGCAACUAUUCUGCUGAACUCUUCACGCUGGCCGCUGAUUAUCGACCCGCAAUUGCAGGCGAUCAAAUGGAUAAAAGCCAUGUACAAGGAUAACAUCAUCGUUCUGCGCCUCGAUCAGAAAAAUUAUCUGGAGCGAAUCGAGUUGGCGAUUGUUAGUGGUGAAAUAGUUUUACUGGAAAAUAUUUCUGAGACAGUUGAUGCUGUACUAGAUCCGAUUUUGAGUCGGAAUUUAAUUAAAAAGGGCAGAGCAAUAAAAGUUGGAGACAAAGAAAUAGAUUAUAACCCGGAAUUCCGUUUGAUUUUGCAAACAAAGCUCUCGAAUCCUCACUACAAACCGGAGAUACAAGCCCAAACAACGCUGAUUAAUUUCACAGUGACCAAGGAUGGGCUGGAGGAACAAUUAUUAGGAGACGUUGUGAAAGUAGAGCGCCCGGACCUAGAAAACACUAAAGCCGAGUUAACAAAGCAGCAAAACAGCUACAAAAUAACAUUAAAAAAAUUGGAAGAUGAUUUACUGCAGAGAUUAUCAACAGCUGGGCCAAAUAUACUAAGUGAUGUAAUGCUGGUUAUUAAUUUAGAGACUACUAAAAAAAUGUCCGACGAUAUUGAAAUAAAAGCUACAGAGGCCAAAAUAACAGCGAGGAAAAUAGAUGAAGCACGUGAAUCAUAUCGUCCAGCUGCUUCCCGAGCCAGUCUUUUAUAUUUCAUUCUAAAUGAUUUGUAUAAAAUAAACAUGCUUUAUCAGUUCUCGCUCAAGGCAUUCAGCGUUGUUUUUAAUAACGCCAUUAAGUUUGCCGAGAACUCCAACAACUUGAAGCAACGCGUUCAGCUUCUUAUUGACAGUAUCACUUAUCUCGUUUUUGUUUAUACCAGUCGCGGAUUGUUCGAGUGUGACAAGCUCGUAUUUUUACUCCAGAUGAUCAUUCAAAUACUGUUGAACAAAAAUGAAAUAUCACAAUCAGAGCUGGAUUUUCUUCUCCGGUACCCUCACGAUACAGACAUCGUAAGUCCCGUGGACUUUUUAAGCAAUUCCGGAUGGGGUGGGAUUAAGUUUCUGAGCAGUUCUAGCAGUAUGCCAGAAUUCAGGAAUCUUGAUCGUGAUAUCGAGGGAGCGGCUAAAAGAUGGAAAAAGUUUGUUGAAUCUGAAACACCGGAGAAAGAAAAAUUCCCACAAGAAUGGAAAAGUAAAUCCGCGCUUCAGAGGCUAUGUAUUAUGCGAUGCUUGAGGAUUGAUCGUAUGACUUAUGCAAUAAGAUGUUUUGUGGAAGAAAAAUUGGGAGAACGUUUUACAGAGACCCGCUCACCGGCAUUUGAAAAAUCAUUUGAAGAAAUGAGUUCUAUUACGCCAGUAUUUUUUAUUCUUUCACCGGGAGUUGAUCCACUUAAAGACGUAGAAAAAUUAGGAAAAAAAUUGGGCUUUACAUUUGACAACAAUAAUUUCCACAAUGUGUCACUGGGUCAAGGCCAAGAGUUGAUAGCGGAAGAGAAAAUGGAAACAGCCGCCACAAACGGGCACUGGGUUAUCUUGCAAAAUAUUCAUCUGGUGAAAAGCUGGCUGCCGAAUUUAGAAAAGAAAAUGGAGCAAUUAUCUGGUAAUUCUCAUGAAAAUUACCGUCUUUUUAUGAGCGCAGAACCCAGUAUUGAUCCGCAUGAAUCAAUAAUUCCUCAAGGAAUUUUAGAGUCUGCGAUAAAAAUAACAAACGAACCACCUACAGGAAUGCAUGCGAAUAUCCAUAAAUCGCUCGAUAAUUUUAAUCAAGAAACUCUCGAUUCUUGCACCAAAGAAUCUGAAUUCAAAGGAAUCCUAUUUGCACUUUGUUACUUCCACGCUGUGGUUGCUGAAAGGAGGAAAUUCGGAGCUCAAGGAUGGAAUCGAAUUUAUCCGUUUAACGUCGGUGAUUUGACGAUAAGCGUAUCUGUGCUGACAAAUUACCUGGAAAAUAACGCGAAAGUACCCUGGGAAGAUUUACGUUAUUUAGUGGGAGAAAUAAUGUACGGCGGGCAUAUCACCGAUGAUUGGGAUCGUCGAUUAUGUCGGACAUAUUUAUUGGAAUACUUGCAGCCGGAUCUGAUUGACGGUGACUUGAAUUUAGCGCCUGGAUUCCUCGCACCGGGAAACAGUGAUUACAGUCAUUAUCAUCUGUAUAUUGAUAAUUAUUUACCCCCUGAAAGCCCCACGCUUUAUGGAUUACAUCCAAAUGCUGAAAUUGGUUUCUUGACAACUACAGCCGAAAAUCUUUUUAAAGUAGUACUAGAGAUGCAGCCAAAAGACGCCGGCGAAUCUCUUGGAUCUGGCUCGUCUCGUGAAGAAAAAUUAACCGGUAUUAUCGAAGAUAUUCUUGAUAAAUUGCCCGAGGAAUUUAAUAUAGCGGACUUAAUGAGUAAAAUGGAAGAUCGUACGCCCUUUAUAAUAGUUGCUUUUCAAGAGUGCGAAAGAAUGAAUAUUUUAUGCCAAGAGCUUCGUCGCUCGCUCAAAGAAUUAGAGCUUGGACUAAAAGGCGAGUUAACUAUUAAUGCAGAGAUGGAAGAUUUGCAAAAUUAUUUAUUAAUGGAUUUUGUACCACCAUCAUGGACAGUGCGCGCAUAUCCAUCCUCACUCGGACUAACUAAUUGGUUUGCUGACAUGUUAAACAGAGUCGCUGAAUUAUCUAACUGGACUUCUGAUUUUAUGCUGCCGUCCUCUGUCUGGUUGGGAGGCUUGUUCAACCCCCAGUCGUUUUUGACGGCAAUAAUGCAGCAAACGGCGAGGAAAAAUGAGUGGCCAUUAGACAGCAUGUGCCUUCACUGCGACGUUAUGAAGAAAAGUAGAGACGAAAUAGCGACGGCGCCCCGCGAAGGUGCUUAUAUCAAUGGCCUGUACAUGGAAGGUGCCCAAUGGGACACUCAGUUCGGCGUAAUCACUGACGCCAGACUCAAAGAUCUAUACCCGCAAAUGCCUGUUGUUUAUAUAAAGGCAAUUACUCAGGACAAGCAAGAGCUUAAAAAUAUUUACGAGUGUCCAGUUUACAAGACUAAGUCACGCGGGCCCACUUAUGUCUGGACUUUUAAUCUCAGGACCAAAGAUAAAUCUACUAAAUGGACACUUGCUGGUGUCGCUAUUUUAUUGCAGGUUUAAAUUUUAAACCUA